AUGAACCACAUCACCCGAUGUCCACGUCGGGCAUCGCUCAGGCGGCGGGGAACUCCCCAAACGCCUCCGGCACGUGGCCCCCCCCGCCCCCCCCCCUGCAGCAUCGACGAGUCCUACAAGUACGUCUUCCUCCCCGUGUGCUACUCGCUGACCUUCGUCUUCAGCCUCACGCUGAACUCGGUGGUGCUGCUGCGCUCCUGCCGGCGGCGCGGCGGCGGCGGCGUGCAGCGCUGGAACACCUCUCUGAUCUACAUGGUGAACCUGGCCACCACCGACCUGAUGUACGGCCUGUCGCUGCCCUUCCUGGUGGCCAGCUACGUGCUGAGGGACCGCUGGGUGUUCGGGGACUUCAUGUGCCGCCUCGUCCGCUUCCUCUUCUACUUCAACCUCUACUGCUCCAUCUUCUUCCUCACCUGUAUCUCCGUGCACAGGUACCUGGGCAUCUGCCACCCCAUGAGGACCAUCACCCUGGAGAGCAAGCGCCUGGUGAAGUGGACCUGUGCGCUGGUCUGGGUUGUAGUCUUCGUCCUCACCUGCCCCAUCUUCCGCUUCGCCCAGACAGGGUUCGUCCAGCGAGGCGGCGAUGGCGCCGGAGGAGCAAGGGAAGCUGGGAACGCCACGGGACCCCGGUCCGAGGACGGCGGCGGCGGCGGCGGCUACACCAACUGCUGGGACGACGCCAUCGACGAGGAGUUCGCCGACUACGUUCCCUACGGCAUCGUCCUGCACCUGCUGGGCUUCUUCGUGCCCUUCGUGGUCAUCGCCUGGUGCUACUCCCGGGUGGUCCGGACCAUAUUCCUGACACUGCGCACGCCGCCCAGCUCAGUGGAGGGCGGCGAGGACGGCGCGGCGGGGGGCGGCGCUCCGGAGGGCGCGGGGGGGCGGGAGAGGAGCUCGGUGUCCAUCUCCGGGUCGCAGUACUCGCACUACAUCCGCCGGCGGCGGAAGUCUAUCAAGACCAUCGUGACCAUCACGCUGCUGUUCGCGCUCUGCUUCCUGCCCUUCCACGUGACGCGCACGCUCUUCCUGCUGCUGCGGCGCCGGCAGCUGGGCGGCUGCCAGGUCAUGAAGGCCGUCUCCAUCUGCUACAAGGUCACGCGCCCGCUGGCCUCCUGCAACGCCUGGCUCAACGCGCUGCUGUACUUCCUGACGGGGGACCACGGCGCCCCCUGCUGCUGGCCGGCGGGGCGCAGCGUGCGCCGGGCCGCCUGCCGCCGCCGCCGCCAGGCCGCCGCCCCCUGGUGGCCGCUGAAGAUCCUGAGGAGAGACGGCCCGGCGGAGGACGACCGGGAGGCGGCGGAGAAGAUGGAGAAGGCCACGGCGCACGCAGAGAGCGAGUCCAAGUCCUCCAGGGUGGUCUUCUAGAAGGAAGGAGACUGACGGCUGGAUGUGAAGAAGCUCACAUCCUCUCUGUCACUUUUAUCAAAUAUAAACAAACUAUUAAAAACACAGCGAGCACUUACAAUCAGGGAAAAAUAUGUGAAGAUUUAAAUAUAAAAAAUACCUAAAUGACUAUAAAUAGAUUAGUUAUCAGUUAAUAAUUAUUUGUCUAAUCAAGUUUUCCAAUGAUUUUUUAAUCCAUUAUCUGUGUUUUCUUCUCCUUUGACCCUGUUUGGCUUCAGUCUCAGAUGUUCAGUUUAGUGAGAUGUGAACCAGAUAAAAGCAUAAAAACAUCACGCUUUAGAAUAAAUGACUCAAAUGAGCAUUAUAUUAAAUCAUUAAUUAAUCCAUGAAUGUUUUAAAAGGUAUAUUAUAUUACCUUAUAGGCUGUAAUAUUACUCCUGUGUACCAGAGGCUGAGAGUUAGCAGAGCUGACCUUUGACCCCACGGCGCUCAGCCACAGCCUGAACGUAUUUCCUGCUUGUUGUUGGACUUCUUGUGCUGAAAAAUUGGGAUUAAAGUCUGUCGACGUCAGCUGACUGACCCCCAAGUUCAUGG